AUGGACUUCUUGUCAGCACGGAUUGUGUCUCCCUUAACUCUACCCUUUCUGUGCAUCAUCUGGGGUAAGAGAAUCAAAUGUCACCAUGGAGCUAUCAUUACAGUAACGGUGCCCUUUUCAGGUCCCAUCUGUGUGGAACCUUGAGAUUAUUGAAGCUUUAAUUAAAUGUUCGCUGCAACAUAAUGGCUGCUGUUUGUUUACCUGUGCAAUUCUCCUUUUCAAUCUGGCUCAUCCUCAAGUCACAGGUUUACAAGGAUGCAUGUAAUCUAAUAGAAAGUCAGUUAAACUAACCUUGUUAAUCUCAUCACAGCCUUUUAAUCUUAUACUAAGGAAAUCUUGUUUGAGCAGGUACACUGCGGUACCUGUGAGCGAACUGUGGCAUCCACUUAGGUCCUUCUUCAACUGCUGUUUCUUGGCAUCUGAGCUUAUUAAACACCGGCUAACAAAGCUAGGACAAACUUUGAACAGCUCUCGUGUUAAUCAUUGACAAACAGCAGCUGCAUCUCUUUCACUGUCUUCCAAAGGUUGAUAUUUUUUCCUUGAACACAUCCCAAGGUGCAAAGACACAUUUUAAUAGACCAUUUAUUACGGUGACAGGGGAACACAGUCCCAGGGUAUUAAUGUUUUAUGUAAAUCAUUUAAUCCAACUAUUUCUUUAGAUGUUUUAUGCCAAGAUGUUUACUGCAUGGGACCAUUGUGACUUUACUACCAGGUUGUUGUUUUGGCAGUUUACAGCUCAAGGUAAAGUGGUAGUAUGCUGUGCUUGUUAUCCUUGACGGCAUGUUCCAUCUAUAUUUACCUCUGGCAUUGAGUCGUUUAUUUUGAUUGUAAAUAACACUAAGAACAUUUUAUUCUGCUACCUGGUGAUGUCUGCACUGGCUUUAAUCCCAGCGGCGGUUCACAAAAUCAAGGGCUGAAUUAUUCUUAAUUUUGAUCAUAUAUACUGCUGCCUCAUUACAGCAGAGAAGGUGCAGCUUUGACAAGAGGAGUUCAACCAAAACCUCAAAAAGCAUCGUAUAUAGAGGGUUUGAUUUACCCGCAGUGAAAAAUGAGGGACAACAGUGAAGUGAGCACUCAGAAGCAUUGUAUACAUAUGUUAUUCAAACAUCAACUCUUGAAUAAAGAAUGGAAAUCAAUAUUUCAGGCCUUACAUUUUGACAGGUCAUGGUAGGAAAGCAUGCAGGUGUAAUUAAUGGCAUUAAUUAAUGAUGGCAGCUUUCCAGUUAGUUGUUGCGGUCUCAGCUCCCUGGUAUUGUGCUGAAAUAAAACUGAGCAGUCAAUUGUGUAAUUACUCACAUCUUCACAAUGAAAAGCCAGAAUUGGUUUCAGUUGUUUUUUGUUUUCAGCCUGUUUACUUAUUUUUCAUUGAAACUGUAGGAAUCUUUAUUUUCAUAAAUAUGUGAAAGGCAAGCAAUGUGAAGUGACGAAGAUUUCCACCUGCCCUCUUGUAAAAGUCUUGGCAGUAUAAGACUUUAGAGACCACUUUAGCUAAAAAAAACUGGGUGGCUUAGCAGAAGGAAAAUAAUCCUUUGGUGUGAAAUUAACUACUGAUUUUUCACUUUCUGAAAAAAAGAAGGAGAAUAUGUUGAAAGGUAGGAUAAUAACAUGACUCAUACAUUGCAGGGAUAGCUUAUGUGUGCUAAAAUAAGCUAACUUGAAUCACAGUAAGCUAUACAUUUAUAUUAUCGAGGCCCUGAGUGGGAAAAAAUGAGAGACUGUUCACUUUACUGCUUUUAUAACCACAUUGUGAUGGGAAGUUGGUGUUUUUUAUUCAUUUAAAGGUUACAUGCUCACUUUGGGACACAAAACCUUAUCACUAGAUAUGUAUAUGGUAUUUAUUAUUUCCUUAUCUCAGAAAGCAACACUUUAGCAGCCACUGUAGAUCAGCGUUGGGUAUUCAUUUAUGUAAACUGUAUGCAAAUGUGCUGCUGUGUUUGGUUGUUUGUAUGCAUCCUCUGUAAUGGCCAAUCUUGCCCUUCAUAUUUGACGUGAGGUGACUGGUUCAGCCUUGAUCUGAGAGCUCUGCCUCUCACUCAUGUUGUCAGACGCAACAGAGCAUGCACUUCACAAACAACUUGGUCAUUGCUUCAAUGAAGGUCAAGAUUCAAACAGCCGAGCAGAGUCAGGCGGGCUUCUCUGUGGGGCAUUGUUUAAACGAGAUCCUCGCUUAGAUAUUAGGCUUUAAUUGGAGUAUGCAGUUGGUUGCGUUUGGCUCCUUGAACUGAAUUUAUUCAUAAACCCCCAUGUAUAAUAAUCAUAUAAUCCUUGCCUCAGUAUUAGAGGCUCAGGGGUGGUCUGCUGUAAGGUUACCUUCUGAAGUCAAGUGCACUGCACCACAGAAUGUCACCUAAGAGCCUGGUUAAAGGAUGGUGACCCCACCUAUGACAAACAAGGGGGAUUAAAGUGAUAAUCAUUAGUCUUCCCAGGAGGAAUUAGCUGGUGGGACAUCGACAUUGAAGAAAAACCGCAGGUGAACGAGGUCUCUGAUACCCCGUGUUUUUCCCUUCUUCCAAUACCCUAUCUGCAUGGCCGAGGGGGGGAUUUAAUUCGCAGUAAUUACUUUAUUGACUCAUUUUCAGGGCCGUAUCACUGCAGCUUGCCAUCAAUAAAACAUAUGCCAGGAUGAAAAAUGUGGCCAGACACCACAGGGUGCCCCCUCAGACAAAAGACCUCAAGACAGACUCCCUGUGGUGUAUGUUUACAUCGUUCUCCCACUGCCGCCUUUUAUUUCCUCCUUAGACAUACUCAUCCCUUGUUUUUCUCCACCUCUUUACAUUUAAUCCCAUCACACCCUUCCUCCCCUCCUUCCCCAUUUGUGUCUCCAGGCACACAGGCUCAGCAGGCCUUCAGGUCUGAGCCCCGGAACCUGACCGUGCGGAUGGGAGCCACAGCUGUGUUGAGGUGUGAGGUGCUGAGGGCCUCAGGGACUGUGCAGUGGGUGAAAGAUGGCCUCCUCCUGGGACCCCAGAGAAGCCUGCCAGGCUUUCCACGCUACAGCAUGACUGGAAACCCCAAGAGAGGUAAACGGUGACACUCAUGGAAAUAAGGUCUGUGGCCUUUUGGGCUUUGAUGAAGCUACUCGAACAAAAUAAAUUAACAUGUUUUGUAAAAUUUUCCCUUAAAAAAUACUCACUGAGAUUUGUCAACAUAACUUUCCCAGGAUUGAGUUUUGCUUACAAUCAAGGGAGUUUGGCAAAGAUUAUAAAAACCACAAAGAAAUAACCAGUUAAAGUAGAAUAAGAUAGUCUAACACAACAGUAGGCCACUGCGCAGGCUAAAACAUGUCAAAAGAAGUAUUUAUGACAAAAAGAGUUUUAUAAACCAAAGAAAGUAACACAAUUAUGUGCUGCCAACGUUAGACUUCUACCAUAUACUUUGGAAUUUCAUAGUGACAUAUAGGUAUUAUGGUUAACAUUAAUUACAGAGAAAGUGUCUAACACACAGCUUGACAUGGCAACUUUUAAAGUAAAUGAGACGAUGUUGUUGCUAUGGCUUCAAAGAGCGGUGAUAAAGAAACAUAGACACUAUGGGAACCUUAUGGCACACACUAGUCCUCAGUAAGCAUCUGGGACCGAGGAGGUGAUUUGAUCAUCAACAGCCUCUUACAUAUCCCCCCCUUGCUGUCACUCACUUGUUUAGAUGAUAAAAAAAGAUACUAAAGCAACAGAGUGUCAGCAAAUCAGUGAAAUGUGGCAGGAAAUAAAGUGUGUUGCAGAAUCUGCACCACAGUCUAUAAAAAGUAAUAGCCAAUUAGAAGGCAAUCCUGUAUAAGAGAAGAGCAUCUGUUCCUGAUCAGCUCGCAACGAGACGAGCCACACUUCACGGUUGCGGAGUGUGGGAGACCACCAGCAACACAUAAACCCUGAGAGAUGCAAAGAUGCCCACACAUUGUGCAUGGUCUCUUACGCCCAGACUUUACGUGCAAAUGAAAGGAAAAAACACUGAAAUGUUAUCUGUCAGCUGAAAAGCUGUCAGUGAGAAAACUGAUGAGGCACGAUAGCAAAUACAGGAUUAAUAAAACCUUUUCAUGGAGACGACAACAAAGUUGUAAUAUACAUGCAUGAACGGAAGGAAAACAAACCCAAACAAGCUGCCAAGCACUCAAACAUGCACUCAUGAAUAAAAUACCCAUCAGCACAGGUACACUUCACCAGGAAAAGAAACUGCACACUGCACUCUGAUGUAUGCAAUCACUUUACACAGCACAGAAAGGGCCAAAUCAUUUAAGAUGACUCUUGUCUGCACUUGAUACUCCACCACUUUUCACUGAUUGUCACCAUCAGAGGUGCUUAAAAAAGCCUGUAAUCACACAUUCACACACACACAGGAGAGACCAGCUCUAAUUUGAACAGAUAUUUAGGCUACAGUAUGCAGCCUUCCUGAGUGCACUCAUGCAAGAGCAAUAGGCUACAUACUGGCGAAAAGAAAUAGUGCACAACGGUCUGUGCUGUGAGAAAACGAACAAAAUAAUUAAUCAAAUUUGUUAUGUAAUGCACAAAGCAUUAAGUGAGUUUUUCUUUAUUUAUUUUCAGUGAUUGUUCUGUGAGGUGCAAUUUAAUUAAGUGCAUGGAAUGAAGCCAGUUAAUCAAGAAAAACAUAAUUAUGAAUGAGCACCUUUGGUUAAAAUUACAACGUAGACACUGGUGGUGUUGAAUAUAUUAAAUAUCAGCUUACAAACAAUCAACACUUUUACAUUAUUAUCCGUAAGAUUUGACCACAGUAAACCAUUGUGUUUGUGUCGAAUGUCUUUGAAUUUUUCAGUAGUCUUUAAUCUGAACUUUGUUAUUUUGAGCGAAACAUAAGUUUAUGAUGAAGGCCUGUCAGAGGCUUGACACUUGUCAAAUGGGAAGAUAAUUUUACUCUUGUCAACAUGAAACCUGGUUGUAGAUGGUUUCUGCUUCGAUCAGUUUUUGACAGCUUUAGUAGAACACUGAACGCAUGACAACUAAUAAGAUUUCUGACAGGCUGUUUGACCCUUGGAACAGUUAAAACUAUAUACAUGACAUCACAUAUUGCAAGAGUUUUUGGUUAAAAAAAGACUUCAAAGAUGCAAUUAAGUGGAAGCAGUGAGGAUGUUUUUUUUUUUCUUUUUUUUACCCAUAUUCUUUAAUUGAAAAUCUGAGCUCUGACUAGCCUUAUUGUCCAAAGUUACAAAACAAACUUGAAAAUAAUCUAAAUCGAACCUGAUUAGCUGGCAUGACAAAACAUGGGAUCAUAGAAACAGUGGGUGAGCAAUGCAAUUUGGUUUGCAAAAUGUGGCUAACCUUUGCAAACAAAACACCACCACCUUUCAGUCCUCUUUUCAAGUAACUAUCCAUAUGCAUGUGCUAGUUGGCAGGUGCUCUAGUUAAGCGGUUAUACACCAUAUUAGCCAGACACAGUUUUCAUUAGGGGUGUCCUGAUCUGAUAUUGAUACCGGAUAUUGGUCCAUUAUCAGCAAAAAAAAAUAUAUAUAUAUUGGAUUAUAUCAGCCUUCAUCUAAAAUCUCCUGUAUCAGCACUCCAAAACAAGCAGUCCAUUCCAGACUCCAUUCCAGCACCUCUGUUUAACAGCGCCCGGAUCAAGAAUGCAUAGCCCACAUGUUCACAACAACAGUUUGUACUAAGGUAGUGCUGCUGGCAACAAAUAAGGGGGGUGGUAUUCAGUCACUAAGUUUACUGAAGGUGUACAUUCAUUAGAGCUAUAUCUCUUUACAUAGGCUGGUAGAAACAUCUAGAAUUUUGUAAGAAUCAAGAUCAGCAAAAUCAACGACCUCGCCUAGUAAGCUAAAAAGAUGCUUUUCUAGCUUUUAGAUGAACACAAAGAUGCAUAUUCACAGAGAAAAGAACAUACUGUGCAUAAUUACUGUAUAGAUAUACUAUAUUUCAACAUUUUGAAGGCCCUUGCUGGAAUAAAUACAGAGUAAUGGACAAAGAGGCAAAUUGUGAAGCAGCCAUCCACAUCUCCCCUACCAUAAAUACACACUCUCUGCAGCUUGAUUGCACUAUUUGUGAGUAAUUUCAGGAAAGAGGAAUAUGAUUAAUAACUUCAAUGUCUCUCUCUCCCUGCACUCAAUGAUAACUUAGAUGUGAAAAUUGCUUCUGGUUGGUGUUAAUUAUCUUGCCAGCUUAGUUGACACGUGCAUUUUUAGUCCUGGGUGCUUGUCAGACCAAGAUACUAUUUUGCACAUGUUAGUGGGCUGUGAGCCAGAGAAUCAGGAGCUGGAGAACCAACACUGAACAUCAUCUAAUCCCCACAGGUUAUGGCAGUGCAUCAAACAAAUCAAGCCCUGUUAGCAUGCCAGACUAUCAGAAGAGAGAUACAGAGGGAAGGACUCGGCCUAGCGUCAAUUAAUAGACAGUUUAUUCAGUCGGUGUGAAUCGGGGAUUGGAUUUCAUUUACCAUACUGGAAAUUCAUUCUGUAACAAAAUGUCUCCGCUAAGGCUAUAACACAACCCUUUGCAUGUCAAUGGAAAUGCCUGCAGCUGGAGGCUCUCAGCAAGUGAGCUGUUUUCAUUUUACACAAAUACAAAAAUAGUCCAUUUAUUAUCAAAUCAAGCAGCCAAACGCCAGUAAUAAGGAGAAUAUGUUACCUUAUCGCGCUGAAAUACCAGUGUCAUUGCACAAAUUGCUUUUAAUGUUAAUUUCCCCAUUUCCCAAGUUUGAAAUUGCCUUUAAUUUAGACAUUCUUAGAUCAACAAAAAAAGAAAUGGGGCCCGCAGGAGGUACUUCUCGAAUAUACAUGCAACAUCUCAGAACAGCAAGUGUUCCUUUCAGUGGGCUGUGAACAAGAAAUGGAACCCCCCUCCUGGUAGUCAUUAACAUGUAUUUACUGAGCACACUCUUAUUAAGCGAUAAUGUUUGUAGAAUUAAUGUUUCUCUACCUCCUGUAUUCUAGGACAGUAUCAUCUGCAAAUUGAAAAAGCCCAACUGGAUGACGACGCCCUCUAUGAGUGUCAGGCAGGACGAUCUGAGAGCAGUCUGGCGAUCGUUUCCACGACAGCCUGGUUCAACGUGCAAAGUGAGUAAAACCAUGUAGAGUGCAAACAGAGGGGAUGCAGGGGCUCAUAGACGUGUGUAUUUUUUUACGUGAGAAUGAGAAAUAAUGUAUGUAAAAAGGCACAAUGAGCAUCCUCAGUACUCCUGUAACAUACACAACCUCUUGACCGGUAAUCAGCAUAUAAAGAGCUGUUAAAUAUUCAUUUCUAUUGAUAACACGCUGUAAUUUGCCCAAGAUGAAGCAUUUGCAUCUGAAUCAGCCAACACUUCAGUUUCCAAACUAAUUGAAACAGUCUCUGCCACGGUAGAGCUGAGCACUUUUCUUCAAGCACAGAUCAUGUGUGAAGCAUGGAGAAAGUCACAAUUUUUCUAACUUUUCAAACAAAAUGCAUUUCUUAUAUCACCCCUGCGUGUUCCAAUAGGUCUACAGCUUAAACCAGCAGCUGCUCAACACAAAGCAUCAGCCGAGCCUGGAUUUCCCAGGCAGCCUCGGGGUGAUCCAUGUCUCUCCCUUGCACAGGAAUAAAUUAUAAUAGAAGUGAUUGAAAAGUUUCUACUCAGACAUGCUGGAAAAGAUGUAAUUGUGUGACUACAUUAGACCACCUGUUGUCACUCUGUUGCACCCGGUAUCUCUCUUUCCCUGUCCCUCUUGCUUGUGGGAGCAAGCCCAUAUGUGGCGAGGGAAGGACUCUAAAAGACCCUUUCUUCUCCAGGCGCACUUCAUUUACUCACACCCCCCCAUCCCUAUUCUCUGCAUUUGCACAAUUUCCCCCUCUCUGCCUUCCUCUCUUUCAGGCUUUCUCUUUGGUGACCAUAGAGAGGAGGGGGAGGUUGCUUUGGCGAUUCUAGCAGCCAGACUCUCCUCUGGGAAGAAAGCAGGUUUUUCUGACAUCAAUGAGGCGGUGGGAGGGAUGGCGGGUGAUGUGGGGAAGGAGGAAGCACAGACCACUGACGUCUCCUUUUGAAUGGCUAUGUUCUCCUCUAUACUGCAGCGGUCUCAUGUCCUACAGCAGGCCUUCACCUGCAGCCACAGCAGGAUCGACUCCCACGUCUAUUACCUCUACAAUGCCUACAGCGUGUGCGCCCACAUACACAAAAUCAACACAAUCGCUUCUGGCUUUGUGGAAAAGGUCAAAAUGUGUGGGAAUUCUGCUCAUGUUGCAUCAGGGGUAGCUGGUAGAUGUAUACGCCAUGACUGAAACCGACUGCUGCCCUGUGUUUUCUGACAUGCUCAGAUCCGAAUCCUCUCAGCUGGUGUGUUUGUUCAGCGUCUUGGGAACACUUCCCAGCUGUUGUCUGCCGAAGAUGGACAGUUGCAGCUGUACUCUUGCAAAGGGCAAAGAGAGGAAGCCGCUGACUUCAAAAAAAGCGCUCUGUAGCCUUGGUCCUAAAGGGUCAUUUGUUCCAGCCCACCAACCCAACUGAUUCAAAAUAUGUGACUAAUCUGGUGCUUUAUAACGAGCUGAUGAAUUCAAUCUCCUGUUAGUGCUGAUCUGGGAAUGGAAACUGUGCAUCCCUUUGAAGAGCACUGUCUCUGAUGAGUUCCCUGUGGACUUCUCCAUCACUGAACUACAGCUCCCAAGGCCCCACACCCCUGGCCACUCAAGCAUGGCUGUAUCCCAUCAAGCCCUGCAUCAAAUCAAAACACUAUAAAGACUUUAUGAGGAGAUACAGUGGGGGGAGAGAGGGGAGGAAUGUGAAAACAAAACAGAGAUUGCUGGUCAAAUAAUUGGAUUCUUGGGUCAGAGAGAGUGCUAUCAUGACCGGCUAAUUCAAGAUGGAUCACCACAGGCAGUAAGUAGCGGGGAUGGAGGCAAAAAUGUCAAUAAGCCCCAUCCGUGGGCUUACACAGAGAUGUUUUCAAGACAUUUCCAUUGGUGCAACAUAACUCCUGUGUGUUUUUGCCUUCCUGCGGAGCUUAGAUAGGGGAUUACUGCAAUAGGCAGAUCAAGUGGCAGUGAGUAAUCCAUGACAAUAACAACCUCUACUCUCUCUGACGAAGCCCCCCCUCCUCGGCUAAAAACUUACCCCGCACUGUGCCCGUCACAUACCUGACACAUCCUGUGUCUCGGUUUAUACCAUUAGCCUUAGCAUUUAAUCCUAUUAAUGAACAACUCUCUCCCUCACUGCAGAGCAUGCCUGCGCUGAUGCCUCCUGCUAAUGUUCAAAAACAGUUAUUUGAUGUGUUCUGGUUUUAGACUGUGUUACUCAUUCAGUCAGGUCUUACAGCAAUAGGUGUGUGCGUGCCUGUGCCCAUGUGUGUAAGCUUAUUACCAGCGUUGGUUUGAGGUUAGAGGACAUUUUGGGAACCAGAGCUAUGGUGAGGUUUUGCAGUAGCUAAUGAGUUUAGCACUUGAAGAGUAUAUAAUGAGCCUUCAUUUUGUGAUUCCCUGUUAUGAAUAAUGGAACAUCUUAUAAAUGGGGGCACAAGCUACGUAGAACAUGGCGACUUUAUUCAUCUUCGUUCACAGGAAGUUAUGACAGUUGCCCAAGCUAUAACCCCAUCAGAGGACAUUGUGUUAUACAGUGGUGAGACGGUGUGUAUAUUACAGCGCCAGGCUGAUAUGACAGCCUCAGUGUCUUUAAGAAAGCUUGGCUUAAAAGGAGACAUAAGAGAGGCAAAUGAGAUAUUCUGUCUGUUCAUAAAUAGGAAUUAAGCUGUUAUAUAAUUGACCCAAAACAAAAAACAAAUAGCUGUAAUGGGUCAGGAAGGGGUGUUUCUGUGUUGGCAGGUGGAGGGUGAGGGAGUGAGGGGUGUUGCUGAACCUAUUCUCCCCCAGGACAGAGGAGACGCAGACGUGAAGAGGAGACAAAGAGGAAGGGAAAGCUGGCUCUUUCAGAGGCUUUCAUCGCCAGAGAUCACACACCUGAGACCUGCAAUGUAGAUGUGUAAAUGAGUCAGAAAUGAGUCAGAGUGCCCUUUAUGCUCAUAUCAAGAUAUUUCCUCGUGCAUGUUCAUGUGCAUAACUGAGGUUUUUAGCCAAUCUCUCCACCAUAGAUAAAACUGAUAAGUCGUGUCUGUCUGCUGUUGAGAAGUCUGAUCCUUAAUUUCUUAAUUCAGCAUAAUAAGCUUUUUAAAGACUAUUUUAGCCUCUGGGCCUUUUGCGAUCAUUUCCAGAGAGUCAGCUUGGUAUCACAUGUUGGACUGUGCGCACACUGGCGCCUGAUUCCAGAGUGAGUCGGGAUGAAUGCAGUCUGUCUGCACAUCCACUCGCUUCUGUUGUUGUGUCUGUGUGAAUCUGCAUGCAUCAUAUAGACUUGAGUUUAUCUCAGGGUGUUUGUGUGCGGAGAAAAAGAGAGUUUGUGCAUCUGUAUCUGAAUGAGAGAGAAAGAUAGGUGCAAAGAGCUGCUUAUGCAUAUUGAUGUGUGUCUGCUAAUCUGCUCCUUAUCUGCCUUAUCCAUCCAUCCGUCUGUAUUUGUCUAAUGAAUCGAAUUUUGCGGCUCACUGUUUCUCAUCUGAAUGGCGGGAGCGAGUCCUUGCAUGCCUGUUCAUUUUUUUGUUGAUAUAUGUUCCUUAAUAAGAGAGAUAGAGCUACAGAAUAAAGAGAAACAUGGAGAGAUAGGAGACAAAAUGAAAAAAAGCCGAUAGCCAAGUAGACAAAGACAGGGCAGAAAGAGUUAAUUAAGGGAACAGCUUGUUUGUUGUCUGUUCUUUGCUCUGAGUGCAUGUCGGCUAAAUUGAAUCGAAUGUGUGUUUUUGUUGCUGCCUGCAUGCACUACCACAUUUGUACAAAUGUGUGUGCGUGUGUAUGCGUCUUUAAGUUCAUUCUGACUGGGCUGAUUGGGUCACAUGGUUUGCAAAUGUAAUGGAUGGCAGGUUGUAAUUCCCAGCCUGUGCUGAAACCCACCUUACCCCCUCACUUCUGCAGUUUAACUGCAGUGGUCAAGAAGGAUGGAGGAGAGGGGGGCUGCCGGAGAGGGAUGAUGGAGUGAACGCGAGAUAAAAGGAACAGGCCAGCAUGAGCGAGCGAGGGAAAAAUUAGAUACCUGCCCGCCUCAUUUGCGAACAUAUCAUUAUUCUUAUUUUAGGAUUUGUUAGGCUGCCAGACGGUCCCUGAGCACAACAAGUGGUACGUCUCAGUGAGUCGUGCGGGCCUGAGUAGAUUGAGAGUGCAGGGGCUGUCAAUAGAUGCAUGGCCCAGUCAUCUUCUCAGGGAAGAGUGGGGGGAAAAAACAAACAAAUGCAUCUCAUUAUUGCAGCGUGCGCCUCUGCAGUGCUCUGGGUAACCCAUCACAGUCCACACAGAUUCAAUUGCUUCUUUUAAAUCAGUUUGAAGCUGCAGCCACAUCUCAUCUGUCUCAAUAGGAGACUGGAGCCAAUGGGCGACUGUGCACACAGCAACAGCUCCUCCUAGUGGUUAGGGAUUGUUUGUUUUGUGCCAGAGAUAGAGAGGAACUGAACGGCUGGCUGGUUUGGCUGCUCGUGGUCCAGCUGUUUACCAACACAUUAGCAGUGAAUUUAUCUCAGAAUUCAGCAGCAGCUAUCUCCCUGCCCCUGUUCCCCUCUUCUGCCUGUCUCACACUCACUUUCAAUUCUUUCCAGAUCUCUUUUCUUCUCUGUCAGAGUCUUUCAUGUCUCUCUCAAACAUGUAUCUAUCCUGUACUUCCCAGCUCCCUGUUCUGUCUCUGAGCUCAGGAAGCCUUUGCACUUGAUCUUUGAUGAAAGAAAAACAACCUGAACGGUAACCAUAGUUUCUGAUUCUUUGGGCUCGCUCACCUGCUCAAAGCUGGCACAAUAACUCGAUCUUGUUUCUGUGGCUUGUGUGUACAAAACGGAGGCGAUAGUCUACGUAAAGAGUGGCUUAGACGUCUCUUUGAUGAUUAGUUGGUGACAGAUUUCUCCAGUUUCUGCCAAACAGUUUUCAGUCCCUUGUGUUAAAAGCUAUGUUUUUUUUUCUGGAAUUCCUAUUUAUGGUCAGAUAAAAGGAUUGUGGAGUAGAACAGUGGAGAAGUGAAGACGGCUUUGAUCAGUCCAGAAAGCACAUAUUUAGCUUGGGGCUGAUCUGAGAAGAGAAGUGUUUGGUGUUUGCUGUGAUAGAUUAGGACUGGAUUGGUUUCAUCACUAUUUCAUCUCUGCAUUCUCUUCUUGUCCACAAUUUGUAUUCUAACUCAACAGAACAUCAAACCUCGCUGUUGUAAAUCACUCAAAAGCUGACAGCGUGACGUUCCAGUCACUCCCAAAUCUUACAAGCGCCUAUUAUCAUAUCAUUGCAUAAGCUAAUAUCCAUCUGUGAUAGCGGCUGCUUCCACUAACCCAAAAUUAGUUUGAUGAAUAUGCGAUGUGAUUAAUUUGAGAUGUGAGCCAUUGUUUUUCUUCUCAGUUCCUCCUUCAAGGCCACACUUUCAGAUGGACAUGGCAACACCUUGGGUGGCUGGGAAAAAGUACGCUGUCACCUGUGUAGCCCCUGACGCAAAGCCUGCAGCUGAAAUCACACUUUAUAAAGGUGAGUCACCCUUCAAAUGUACUGAAUGUGACAGAGAUGGUCAGCCUGACAGGCUGGAACAAAGAGCAACAGACCUCUCUCAUAUCCCACACUCUCAGAUCUCCAUAGGUCAAAACUUGAAUAUUUAAACACAAAACAAUGCAGAGGAUGAAAUGAAAGUUCAGUAAAGAUUUCUUAUUUUAUAGUUUCUGAGCAGCAGAGUUGAAAUGAGACUCUGUGUGGGAGGAAAUAGCCUGAGCAUUUGAAAUUCCAAUUUCCAGUGACUUUUCAAUUGCAUGUACAGUGAAUGCAUCACCAGAUCUGAGGUGUUUACAAAAACAAACUGCAAUUUCCUCAUUUUCUGUCUUUGCCUCUCCCUUCCCAGUCACACUUAAUAUACUGUGUUUUGCUGUUGUAGAGAUAAAAAAAGAUGUUGUAUUUCUUUUUUCCUGGUGUGAAUUUGUCUUCAGAUUUGUGCUUGUAGGUCUGGGACAUAAAGUUAGUUUUUCUUGUUAAAAUGUGCAUCUUUAUUGUGUUCAACAAGGUGUCAUCUCGUAUUGGUGUUUUGCAAAUCUCAGCGCUGAUUUGAUUUCAUUUUUAAGACAGGUGUGCCUCACCAUGCACACAACACACUCAUAUAUACACAUGUUUAUCAUACUCCGGCACUCCAACACAAGAAUAAUACUGAUGUUUCUGUUUUACACAGACGCAUUUACACACCGUUUUCUCUCUUUUUGUCUGCCUUCCCCCCAUUGUGUCUUUCAGAUGGAGUCGAGCUGACAGGUGCAGAGUCUUUCACCGUGUCUGGCUCACAGGAUAAGCUCCUGAACACGCAUGCUGAAGUAACGUAUGUGUUCGCCCGCCUGCCAGACUCAUUCUCCUCACCCAACCAGCUCAAUCUCUCCGAGUCUAUCUUUGUUACUUGUUUCCCCUUGUUUUCACCCCACUCUUAUUUCCUCCCUCUGUCUUAGUGUAUAGAAUGAAUUUCAGCACACAGUGAACUGUUACUUGGCGCUGUGGGAUUGAAUUAGCUUCUGUCAAAUGCACAAAAUUACAUUCCAGUAGCGAGACCAAUCAGAUCCUCGCCGGUUUGCCAGGUGCCUAUACAUUAAACAGGGCCAUAGAUUACUUUAAUCCUACUUGUCUCCACUGUGUCAAAGAUAAUAACCUCUUGUCAUAUCCUGAGAUAACAUUGGUACUGAGGAGCUGCAACAUUGUUCGGCUGUAUUGCAGAGCAGCCAAGGUCUUAAGCAAUAUUGAUGCUUCUUCCUCAUAUUCACACUGAGCGUACACAGCAGUGGGCCGUGUGUGAUUGUUACGGUUGACAUUGUACUGUAAUUUGAUAUAGAAGACAAACUGAAAGGCUCUGAAUAAAUUUACUACAAUGCAGAGAGUAGAGGAUCUUUCUACAUUGCUAAAAAAGAGUGUUCCUCUUUUUUAAUGACUGCCAUAUGGAUCCUGUAAGUGCCUCACAGUGGUGAAGGGCAAAUCAGUACAGUUACUAAAGUGAGAUAGAGGUGAGAAAUAAAGUUUUUUCUUCCUGGUUAUGAAACAGUUUCAGUUUUAUACUUCUGACUCUGUAUGACCUACAAAAACAUUAUUUUUAAUGUCUGUCACAGCAUACUGUCUGACUCAGCCUGUGUUUACAUUAUCCCUGGAAAAGUACCUCAGUAAGUGGUUAGUUAGCCAGAGAAAGGUAAUUACAGAGAUUUUGCUUCAGAGAAUUCGACAAACAAAUGUACAUGACAGGAUGAGCAAAGACAUAUUAAGGCAUGCGACCACAAUCGAUGCACAAUUUGCUAUUCAGUAAUUCUACGCAACUGCAUACCAUGAGCAGUUUCUAUACUCUUUGAUCUAUACAUUACAUCCUGUAUAUCUGAUAGCUACUGCUAACGUUUCUGUUUGGGGAUCCAUUUCAAAUAUGUAGUAGUCAUCAGCAUUUUCCCUCCAAACACCUUCAUCUUCAGUUAAAAGAAUGACAGUUGUCCUACACAACACAAACACCAAAAAAUGGGGGAUGAGUCUGAAAAAUUACUCGUGUCUCCUCGACCAAGCAGUCUCCAAAGUCUUUUGAGCAAGCCCACCUUGACUAGCUAGUAACAAUGGCUGAUGUAGGUGAGUUAGCUAGCAGCAGAGCGUGUUUGCUGAACAACCUUGAGAGUUGACAGCCGUUAAAGUACAACAUUCAAACUGCAAAUGCAGCUCUAUUCUAUGAUAAAUUAUUAGCAAUUUAAAUGCGUAAUGUCUAGAAAUGGGAAUGUUUAGCAACAUCUAGCAGUCAGAUUUUAUAUCACAGUCUAUGAUUUAAAUGUUCCCUUGCUAACCCCUUUCAUUGGCGUUGAGACAGUGGCCUUCAACGACAAGAAGUUCCUGUGAUGCAGACGAGUAUAAUCUUCCAUUUGACAAUUUUUUAUCAACCGAAAUGUCUAUCACUACACUUUUGGUGCACGCAACAUGUACCCUUUGUGUCUUUUUAUUCUGACUGGUAUAUUUACACGGACGCUCUCUAAAUGCAGAACGAUGAAUUUCCUAGUUUGUCAUCGCUGUGCUUGCAGAACUGGCAGGGACACCCUCCCCUGUGUGGAUAUAAAAGACUUAGCCAAAAUUAAUAUAAACAAAUUGAGUUUUAUACUCAGGCGAUUGUACCCUUAUUUAAACAAACCUAUGAAUCUUACUGUACAUUCCUACUCAGUUUAUUCUACUAAAUGCCACUAUAUUCACCUGUGACAGGUCUGUUUGUUACUAUGGUCAGUAUUCAUAUGUGGGCGGUAGAAAAAAACAGCUUAUUGAUGAGGAGAAGUCUGUGUGGUUAGCUACAGGAACAAAAGCAUUCUACAUGUGUCAUAUUCUAUGGUACAGAAACAACCAGAAAAAGACAGAGGUCAACCUUUGGCACUGCAAAGAUACGCAGUGUUAGCUCAUUAACUAGAUUCUGACUAGAGCUGUCACCGCUGCUCACGAAUAUUGCGGCCAUAAAUAACGUAGUUUCAAUAUCGCAUUAUAAACUUGAAAUUUGAUAUAACACAGGAAGUGAAACUUUAAAAAUAGCGAUGUGGAUAUCAAAUUUGUGAUGCCCAUAUCGCUAGCUUUGAAACUGAAACAAUGAUUUGUACGGCAAAUUUUAGUUUAAAUAUUUUUACUGUCUUUUAUUUUUUAUUUAUUUAUUUAUUUUUAUUUCGAACAUUAUUUAAUCAAAUAAGACAGUAAAAUACAAAUCAGGAAGAAAAGGAAAACCAACAACAAUGUCCGAAAAGGAGUAGGAUGAAGUUUAAAACUUAUCGAGCUCCUACCCCCCCCCCCCCCCCCCCCCCAAACUUCUUUACUGCAUAUACAAUAGUUUAAAUGACUGCAGUAGUAUCAGGGAUAAAAUUAUUCAGACCAACCUAUUGAAAACUGAAAACAGGGCUGUGUUGACUCAAUAGGUCGACACAGACCCUCCUCAUCUGAAUACCUCUUGAAAAUAAUAUUUUUAUAUGCCUUCUUGUAAUUAUUCAGGUUUGGACUUCGCUGAACCUCCAUGCUCAGUCUAUUCCACAAACUCACUCCACAAACUGAAAUGCACAUCGUUUUUCAAUGUUGAACCAGCAAAAUGUAACUUGAAAUUAAGCUCUCGUCUCAAAUUGUAACUCCCCUCUUUAUCACUGAACAUCCUUUGUAUAUUACCCGGCAAAAGCCUGUGUCUUGCUCUAAACAUAAUCAGUGCAGUUUUGUAUUCAACAAGGUCCAUGAGUUUCAUGACAUGUGAUUGUAAAAACAGUAUAUUUGUGUGAUCCAGAUAUCCUACCUUGUAAACAAUUCUAAUGGCUCUUUUUUGGAAACAACAUAAUGGUUUUAGAUUACUUUUAUAAGUAUUACCCCAAAUUUCUAGACAGUAGUUGAUAUAUGGCAGUACAAGUGUUUAUUACUCACUCUAAUGAUGUUAAAAAAGGUACUUUGGGUUAGCUUUAACUUCCAACUCAUUGCUAGUGGUUUUGUUUACCGUUUUAACAACUCACAGGACCCUGAAAUAUAAUUUGACUGUAAGUAAGCCUGUAAGUAUUUCUACGAAGACUUAUCUGUACACUUGAACAAACAGUGAGUAAAGAAUCUGAAUACUUCACUAUCCAAACAUAAUGAGAUGUUUUGAGCUGAAGCACUUUGUAUAACUCAUGUCUUUUAUUCUGCUGGUUUCUCCUAUCUUUCUUUUUCCUCUUACAGGGUCACCGCUCUGAGCUCUGACAACGGGAGGCAGCUGGCAUGUCAUGCCAAGAACCCCGCCCUUUUCCGGCCAGUGGAGACCACGGCGACCAUGAGCGUGUACUGUGAGUGUCUCAACCUGUUUCUGAACUGACAGUCAACACUCCAGCUGUUAAAAAAAGAGAAAAGAAAAACACCUUUGCAUACAGACACACUCAACCACACAGGAACUAAACCUUGGAGAGGCCCAAGGGUAUCCGGCCUUGUGCACUCAGUCUGUGUUAGUGGUCCAAGGAAAAACAUUCAACCUGAAGGCAAACUCACACCUACUUGAAGACAACACGAGUGCGACUGCCUCCAGUUCACGAGGUUGACCCUGGUGGGCUGAGAUUGAUAUGACUAAAGAAAGACACUGUUUUCUCACUGUUAGACCAUCAAACAUUGUCCACAGCAGUGGGUAGAUAUUAACAGAAUGCAGCAACCCUUUAUUAAAUUUGAAUAAGUUUAUCGCAGAAUGAGUUUUGUUCAGUAAUCUUAUUAUAAUUUUCACCCCGAGUCUUAUAUCUCCAAUGUUAAAGAAAAUAUACUCUUUGUUUGACCAACAGAGAUGGAUUAUCAUCCUCGGCAAGGCUUCAAGUGCUGAAUUUUUUAAAGCAAUAUUAUAAUAACUAACACAGUAAGCUAAGGCCACCAUAGUUAAUAAUGAUGAAUCUUACAAAACUAAACUAAGCAACUUUUGUGCUCAUCAGCUCGAAUUAAAUUUAGAACCCACUGAGGCGGGGCGGGCAGCAGUUUCUUUUCUUUUUUUCUUUCAUGUUGUUAUCACAAACCGCGUGACAUUAUAUAAUAACACUAUUUUUACAGCCCACAGAGGUGAAUUGACACACUGCCUCUGAUUAUCUUUGCAUUUGGUGUUUGUUUUUCCUCUUAUUUUAGCAAGGCUACAAUGAAAGCUGUUGUUCUUGAAUGCACAAACAGUGUGAUACUGCAGCCACUGUUUACUACAGUAGGUUUAGUAUUUUCUACGCUGUUGAUCAGCCCUCGUAAUUGAUUGUUUCGGCCUGAGAGUCUACCCACCUGCUUCUCCCCGACUUAAAUCAUGCUGUUGAUUAAAGUCGAGCACGGCUGCUGACACAUUCAGCAGCGAGCGCUCCCCCCAGAUCAGCUGCCGUAUUAUCCACAGGCUGACUAGACACCUUAAUGUUGUCUCUAUCUAUACUCCUCAGCCACUGCUGUUUUAAGAAUCACCAAUAACCCUGAGCACUCCUCUCCUUUCCUCCCUGCCUCUCUGCUCUGUAUUAAACAACAUGGGCUCUGUGCUAAGUGCUAAUGUUGCAGAACUCAGGACCACCAGUGCAGUCUUACUCAGCAUGCCGGCCCAUCAAAGCCAGCGCGGUGGCCAUUUUCAGCCAGCCAGAUUGUUAGUAAGGUGGCAAUUUGUCACACUGGCCCAGGGUCUGCAGUCUGCUCUCUGAAACUGAUUGCAGCAAUAACAAAAGCCCAUCCUGCUCUAUUUACUGCAUGUAUUUUAUGCAAGGGAGCUCUAAUUUAUUCAUCUUUCAGGCUUCCUUAUUACUGUUUGAACAUCUGUUAUUUUGCUUUAUGAACUGCAUCUGGCUCAGUGCUCCCUUAAUACUUAAUGCUUUCAUCAGAUCUGGACCUCUUAUCCCACAGUCAUGUUGAGUGUGCCCAAUUUAUCGGCCCCAUCUGAACAAAUAGAGACGCUUCCCUCUCAAUUGCCCAGAGUGUUCACAUUGCAGUGCUGUUUCUUUUUUAUGUUAUCUUGUUGAUGGUCACCCCAUCCCUCUGGUACCUUGAGUUACUGCAUCCCUUCUUUUCCCUCAUCCCCCGUCUGUUCAGUUUUCUACCGCCCUCCACGACAUCCUCCUUUGUCAAAGCCCGUUUUUAUUUUUGUCUCUUAUUUCCUGGCAGAUCCACCUCAGCCUCCAGUCAUUGUAAGUCCACUGAGAGAGGAAGUCAAAGCAGGGAGAAUACUCACACUGGAGUGUGUGUCUCAUGGUGGAAACCCCCUAGCCACUCUCCACUGGACCAAGGUAAAAUCUUCUGCACCAUCUGUUAAGGAGGCUUUGUAACACGCUGCCACACCAAAAAAAAAAAAGAGCUAUUUACAUUUGAGAACUUUCAGUGGAACUAUCCCACUGUUCAAAGUUUCUGUACAGCACCAUAUGGGACUGUGCAACUAUUUAGACACUUCCUUGAUGUUGCCUGAUUCUGAAAAGAUGUGUUCAUGUGUUUGUCAGAAUGGAGAAGUUUUGUCCACAACCUGGGAGGAAGACACUGUUUCAAGAAAGUCCACCAGUAUCCUAAACUUGAAGAUCAGUCCGGCGCAUAACCAGGCUGUUCUGUGCUGCGAAAGUGUCAACCUGGUAUCCCGCUCGCCUUUGUCUGUUAGUCACAGAAUUACUGUACUCUGUGAGUGAAAAUAAAGCUUGACACAGCACAAGAAAACACACACAGACACUCACACACAAAGCCCUGGCAGGUCUGGCAGCACUGAAGUAUUAAGGAUAUGGACAUGAGACAGAAGAGCUUUAUAAGAGCCUUACCUCCAAAACCAAUUCUUUUGCCAGCCCAGCAUAUUUCCCAAUGCUAAUAUCAUUAAUGAAACUAAUGGUUAUUAUGGCUGCGGCCCAUAUUCCCGACCGCCUCCAGAUUCAAAUCACUGCGUGCUCUUUCAUAGCUGCGACACUAAUUCAGCUGAAUUGCUUCAGCGCACAAUCCUGAGGCGGUGAAGCCUUCACUUUGUGUGACUGUAACGCCCAUGGUUAAUAGAUUAUACUCCUCUCUCUGAAUUUAAAAUGUUUGUUUCAGCAACAAUAAAACAAAUACUGAAUUAAUAUUCAGCAGCUGCAGUGCAUUGAGUCUAACAAUAGUCUGAUUUCCACUACAGAGCCAGACAAUGUAAGUCAGAGCUUUAGAUCCUGCGGGAUUGGCACACCUAUUAACUGCAAAUAUGCUCUGAAUUAGGACAGGCCCUUGCAGAAAUCUCUUGUUGAUGUGAUGUAAAGGUGGCUAGAAUCACUUUAGUGCCCUCCUUUACAUCCCCAAUUCCCCCCAAACAGGCCCUGGUGUCGUGCCUCCCAGUCAUCCAUUCAGGGGUGUUGAAAUGGAGCUGCUGACUGUCUGACUGCGCUCUAGGCGUUGGUAGAGGCUUGAGGGCAUAGAAGACGUCUCACCUGUGUGAUAUGAAUAAGCUUUUUUUUUUUUUUUUUUCACCUUUCGGCUCCAGCGUAAUUUUAACAGUCUUUGUGUGUGGCAUGCAUGAAUGCAUCCCCUUCUGUGUCUCAUGUGGGACAGACACAAAAACAUGCAACAUUUACAUACAUGACCCCUCCUUCCACAUGUCUGCCAGCUCGGUCCCCAGCCUUGAUAUCCCCCUGAAGGCUUUAUGCAGCUGCAUCACUUUGCCCGUAGCUAUUGUACCCCAUCUCCCCCCAUGGUUAACUCGGUGCAGACUUUAGAAACCACACUGAAAACCUCCUGAGAAAACAAGUUGCCUCUCAAAGUGAUUUUCCCGUCACACCCUUUGUGUUUCACAUCCAAAAAUAGUUACGCUGCCACAGUGAUCAGAAUAGGUAGCUGUUGAAUGUACUAUUCAAGGGGUGAUAUUUUUCCUGACUUCUCUUUCAUGUGUCUCCCCAUGCAUGUGUCUGCGUACAUCAGUCGAGCCUGACGAGGUGACACUGUUGGGUUCAUCCACAGCUAUAGAGGGGCAGGUCUUGAGUCUGAGCUGUUACACAUCCUCAAGUAAUCCCCCUGUGCAGAUUCGCUGGUGGCUGGGUUACAAAGAGCUCAACACCACUAGUGUCACCAUGGAAGAGGUGAGACAACUCUGCAUAUUCUUAGUGCAGCACAAACUCAAAUCUGUCUCUCCAAGCAGGUAGAAGAAAACUAUGUUGAAGAAGACAAUCGUAACCGGUUAUAAUGCUGGUCAGUUCACAGAAACUGCAUAAAAGGUAAUAUUUUUGACUGUUUGUAAAACCAAGAAAGAGGCGUUAAGUGCAAAAGCUUUGCCCUGAAGUCAAGCUUGCCUUUUGGGAAGCAACAAAAACUUUAAAAAUGCCUCCCAUCCCAUUUAAAGACUUGUCAAUUUCCAAUGUGACCUCAUAAGAACCUUUUGAGAUGAAAGAAAGCCGUAUGACCAUGAGCAGCCUCUGAAUAGGCCUGCCGCUGCUUUGCAAAUGAAUCAGCAGCUGAUUCCAAAAAGAGUAUUCUGCUGCUCCUCUCCUCUUUUGUGUAUGUUAAUAAGAUCAAAGUGAAUAAAAGCUGACACAGAAGAUGAGCGUUAUUAAACAAGCUCUUUAUUCAUCUGGCAGCAGCAUUUUCAUUUGAUCCUACAUGAGGCACUCGGCGUGCUGUGUGUGAGCUUUAAUGCAUCGGAAACAGUGUGAGGUUAAUGAAGACUGACGCUCCUGUCCAGUGUCUUUGUUAGUCUUUCUGACUGUGGCUUUUACAGUAAUCAUGACAAUAAUGACUUUAAUAACCAGAUGUGCUGCAUAGGCAUGACCACCAUCAAGCAGGUGCAAAAUGAUGCUUCGCCCAAUUUAUGACAGAGAGUCAGAUGAAAAUGCUUAUUUAUCACAGACCAUGCACAACAUCAGUUGUUACAGCAGCUAAUUUGCCAUCUGUAUUCACCAAGACUAACCAGCACAGGCUGUUGUUCUCUCUGUUUCCCUCCCUCUGUUUUUGUGACUGCAGCCGUCUGUCCCCCCCAAAACUGAAUUGUCAUGUGUGUUCUUGGUCUGCAGGGAGACCAUGGUGGGAUGACAACCAUGUCCAACAUGACCCACCAGGUCUCCAGGGAGGAGGACGGGCUCAAACUUACGUGUGAGGCUUUCAACAAGGGCACACACUCCUCCAAGACCGAGGUCACCACAGUCAGUGUCCACUGUGAGUGGGUUAAAUCUGUUUUCCAUGAACUGUUGUUAUCUUGGUGGACAUAUAAGAAUUAAGAUCAAAACUAGACUCUGUUCAGUGGGAGUCAGCUGUUGUUUUAGUGCUGUAGGUUGAGGAACACAAACAUUUCAUAUAUUUCAAAGUGAAAAAUAAUGAUUGUUGAUUUGAAAUACCCCUGGUUCUCCAGUCUAAAUACACAUGGGUAGUAUUUAAAACUAGAAAAUGUUCCAAAACUUCCUCUCUGUUUUUUAAAGACCCUCCUCAAAAGAUAUGGCUUGAUGCCCCUCCUCAAGAUAUCCCCCUACGCUCAGGCACCACAGUCCGGCUCAUCUGCUUCUCCACUGGAGGAAAUCCCCCUGGGACCCUGACCUGGUUCAAGGUUGAUGUGUACUGAAUAUGCUUACCUGCUUUUAUGUUUGUGUCAUACUGUAUGUCCAGAGCACAUACACGUCUUUGUGAUUUAUAUUUUCUUCAUGUUUCAGAAUGGAAAAGUUAUAUCUGAUGCACUGAAGCAGACAUCCUUCGAUCAAGGUGUUGCUCGAGAACUGAUCCAGGUCCUAACAGCCAGUGACAAUGUGGCUACCUAUCGCUGCGAUGCCAAAAAUGAAGCGAAGAAGUCAAUCUCUGCACAAACCAAGCUCAAGGUUUACUGUGAGUCGGACUGCACCUCUGACACCGAAACACCGCCUGAAUUUCGUUUUUGUCUAACUCAGCUCAGCAAAAAAGCAGGAUAUCAAAUAACUGGAUCUAUAAAAUCACUCACAUGGAUUCACAGUGACAUCAUUUCAUGAUUUUAUUCAUAUUAAGUUUCUUGGUUCUCCAGUUCCAGCACUAAAUGUCAAGAUCACAACCAAACAAAAGAAACCACGUCGGGGUCAGAUGCUGACUCUGGAGUGUCAGUCUGGAAGCAGUAACCCAAAAGCCAGCAUCUCCUGGAGUUUAGGUGCACUCAGGUUUGUCAUCACAAUAGAUGGAGGGCCUAAAAAGAAUAAUUUACUUGCAAAAUUAAAUUCUGAAUUCAAAAUUAUGUUGAGGACUACAUUUUGCAUUUGUUUGUGUCCUAGUUUCAAAGGAGAGGAGCAGCCGCCCAGUAAAGCUCAGUUCGGUGGUGUGUCAGUGCGUAGUUUCCUCUCCCUCAAUCUGACUUCACAGCAUCACAACCAGAGGGUCACUUGCCAGGCCUACAGCUCCGAGCUAGCGGAGGGCGCUAACACAUUCUUCAAACUUAAUGUGCUUUGUAAGUAGAGCGGGAACUGUUUUUCCAUUUCUUUCUUUCUCGGGUCUGCUUGUUCCCUUUCUUCUUGGAAACUGACCAAGAGAUGCGGUUUGCAUAAAUCUUAAAUGAUGCAUAAUGAUGAUCUAUGAUGUUGCAGAUUUAAGCUGCUUUACUGGUUAGUGUACUUUUGCUCAGAUAUGUCAGUGUAUUGAAUGCUUAUGCGUGUGUGUGUUCUGUUUACUGGAAACCUUUGUUGUGAUUUGUGGGUCUGUUGAGCUCUGCGGCAGUGUGUCCUAAUUGUGCAUUUGCUUUGCUGCAUGGCCAUGUUUGUCUUUGAUGCCAUUUCACAGGCAGCAGCCAGCCUAUGCUUCAAAGCUUGCUGCUGUGUACGAGCAUGAAGGAAUGUCACUGUGUGUUUGUGUGGAGCUGCAGUUGGACAACAGCACUGUCACUCGUCGUUUUAAUGCCUGUCCCUCUCCCUCCCGCGCUGCUUUACACCCCCGUUGUGGAAGUCUGUGAAGUUGGUCAGAUCUGAAAUUAUUGGUGGGAUGUCGACUUUCUACUGGUUUGACUCUCAUUAGUGUCUGUUACAGCUUUCACGCUCAACAUGUUUUGUAUGUCUUUGUGCUCUCCCUCUCUGAUUCUUCACAUUCUGUGGGCCUGAGUUUAUAUUUGUGCCUCUGCUCCUGCUUUUUGGUGUUUAUUCAGCUCACCGCAGCACUAUCUGUGUGCCUUUUGUGUGUUAGACCCACCAGAGUUCAGCCCAGAGCAGCCGACGCAGGUCCAGGUGGUGGAGGACGAUGUGGCAACCAUCCCACUGCUGGUCUCAGCUAACCCUGAGGAGGUCUCCUGCAUUUGGCUGCACCGCAGGGAGAAGCUGGUCAAAGGUGAUGUGGGGCGAUGUGAUGGCUCUAUAAACCAGGUCCUAGUUGAGCUGAGCCAGCAAGUAAGCACUCAGCUCUGCCAUUCAGGGUCUGAAUAAAACAUGGCAGGUUAGCCAGCAUGGGACCCUGCCAAAUGUGAUUCUCAUUAUGGCUCUAAUGUAUGCAGCCUAAAUGAGGAUUGCUGUCUCUCUGAAUACAACACAACGCUUCUAAAGCUGGCUUCUCCUCCAGGCCGAUGUCAUCAGGGCUUUGCUGCACCCACUCUCUUUCUCUCUAAACUGUGUUAGCUCCAUCAUGCGCAGCCCCCACCAUUAAAUGACUGUAUACUUAAUGCUGAAGCCCACCUAUUACAUUUUGAGUGCUGUGGCACAGGAGGUGUCGCUCACACAGCCUAUUGUUGGCUUGAUGUGGGACUCCAGCCAGGCCAAUCAAUAAUGCAGGAUUAGAUGUCACUUAGAGACCGGUGGCCAGAGGACAUGUGGUUGAUGGGCGUGUAAUGCAUAACUAAUUUACCAUUGGUUUGCAUGUGUGUGUGUGUGUGUGUGUGUGUGCAUGUGUGGGUGGGUGGGUGUGUUUCCAUGUUAUUCUUAAAGAAGGUGAUGUGCGCUACCACUGGUUGGACGAUGACUCCCUGAAGAUCGAAAAUGCGACGAGGAAGGAUGCAGGAGUUUACACUGUCAAGUGUUCAAAUGAAGAAGGUGUCAACCAAAUCUCCAUCAUGCUAGACGUUCAGUGUAAGAGCCUGCACACAGAAAACACAGGAGCAAGUGUAUCUGUGUUGUAUGUUGAAGGUUUUGUUCUCUGUAGUCGUGAGAACAAAAUGAUCACACAUUCACCAAAAGUCAAAAAUGGAAUUCUCAUACCGUGGAUUAGACCUACUUGUAUUUAACUGCUGCCUCAUGAGCCAAAUUCAGCUUUUUAAUGAUCUCAAUCUGGCACUCUGAUCACUCUCCAUAGAGGAAAUUAUUCUAUUUUAGAGCUUGAACUUGAUAGGUUGUAAAAGCAAAGGGAUCGUUAAAGAGGCAAAAUGGAUGAAUGAAAAAAAAAGUUUUUAAAUGCAGCUCCAUGUAUUUUUAAACAAAAAAAUCUCUUUUAAGAGACAAAGAUGUUUUGUUUUAAGAUUAAGUGACUAGAAAAGUCAAAUAUCCUGUCUUUACAAAUGUAGCAUUUCUGAAAAAAUAACUUGAUAAAACUGACAUCAGUGAUUGGUUAAACCACUCCUGAGUACUCAAACAAGGCAAAAUGGACAAAAACAUACAAUAACUUUUACAUUCCUCUUAUCCUCUCAUGAUUACUAUUAUGAUGACACACCUUGUCUGCAGGUAUACCAAUAGUCCCGUGGGCCACAUCAUCUACAUUCACAUUUGUCAAGUAACCUACUUUCCCUCAUUACAGAAAAAGGGCAGAACUCUGUGUUUGCAUGUCGAGUAAGAGCUCGCUCUGUGGUUCUGAUUUGAAUCUGUAGGCUGCUGACAGCAUGAUUUUUAUCAAACCCGUUAAAAGUCAAUGCCAUCAGUGUAUCCACAUACUCUGACAGACCCAAACACCAACAUUGACUUUCAGCUCCUGCACAGCAAACAUGCCUCAUUCAUUAGGCCUCUAUACAAGGCCACGCAUCCCCACAGCUGCCCCAGGCCCAGCCUGGAGCUCCAGGCCUGCUGCCCUGAUACUGAUGAUUUAAUAAUGGAAGUGUUGAAAAUGUAGGUCUGCCCGUUCCUCCAAAGCCCAUGGUACAUGCCUAAUGGAUUCUGUCGUCCUGAUCUGACUGAGCUUGACAGUUGUAGAUAUUCAUAAUGUAUGGAGUAUUGUAGUAGCUUUUAUGGGUGAUGGUGUAGCCCACUUAACGAUGUCGGUCUUGGUUAGCGGGCCAUCAUGGGUGGAUUCCACUGAACACCAGAGGUCUGAGUCUCUGAAGUGUCUUCCUCUACUGUUCUUCAAGUGUGAACAUAGGUUCAGACAAGUAGGCACUAAUGGCCUUAUUGUUGCGAGUACAUGUCACCCAUGGGGAGAAUAAAAAGCUUGUGAGGUAGAGGCUGAUAAAGACAAGAAAAAGAGCGGUGCCGUCCUGAAGGAGAGGUGAUGUUAACAGGAGGUGGGGGGAGUGGGGGGGUCAGCCUGUAAUGGGUCACAUGAGGAUGUGGGGGCCUUUUGGGUCAUAUGACCAACUCUCAGAAGCAUCUGUAAUCCACAAACAUAUACAGAGAAGUUAAUGGUGCUGAGUCUGAAACACAGAGGCCAAUUAAAACAGGGUCAUGAACAAGUUCAAAGGCAAACGAGUGUAAGAGUAAUUAUAGCAAUGCGGCAUGUCUGUUUAAUGGGUUGGCAAAUGAUUUGACCCAGGUUGGCAUGGUAACCUUUGGUCCUGCCUUAACCUCGUCCUAUUUUCAUACUCUUAGAUGCUCCCAGUGUCAAGGCAGAGAAAGACCCUGUAGUGGUGAACCUCGGGGAAACAGCAGACCUGAUAUGUGUGGCAGAUGCCAACCCCAUUAUUCCUGGCAUGUUUUCUUGGAAAUUGCUGGUGAGAGCUUGGAUAAACACACUCACACAGAAACACAGCAAUCCUCUGAAUUAUAUUCCCCUUAUCCGGCUCUUCCUUUCUAUUAUUUUACUGGUUCUUACCGUUUAUCACCGGCCUUUCUAAAUGUACAGACGCACCAUAUUUCACUUGCUGUAACUAUCCUUCCACCCCACCUCUUCCUGCUCCACACUCAGCCCAAAUCCAGAAAAAUAGCUUUCAUUACUGCUGCGUGACUAAAGGGCACAUUUGUCAAUGUGGCGUGGUCUCUGUAUCUACUGAUGCCUUCUCCGGUCUAAACCACCCCCCGGCAGUACUGCAUGUCCCGCUUUCAACCUGCACGCCCCCCUCCCUUUUCCUCUUUCCCUCCAGCUCUCCAACCCUUGGCAUUAUCUCUCUCUUUCCUCAGAGCUCGUUCCCCCGACGCCCUCCCCAUCCCCUCCUCGAGCCCUGAUUGUUUCCUGCUUAACCGUCUACCUGUCUUGCUCUCCCACAGCCCCUCCUUCUCUUUUUAAGCCCUCACCAUGAGAAAGAGGGGCUGUGUAUUGAGCGAUAGCUGCUGUCUGCUGCUUAUUCCCCUUCACUCUAUCUUCCACAGGGGGAAGGGGAGGUGGAGAUGGGAGAGCAGACCCAGGAAGACGAAUCUGGCCUUCUGACCAUCCAUGAUGUGAUGCGGGCUCAUGCCGGUACUUACCAGUGCACGGUUAAAAACGGCAUCGCCCCCCCUGCUACUGCGGAUGUGCAACUGGUAGUGCAGUGUGAGUUCCUAGGGCAUGCAUGGAGAGUUAUCUGUGGCAGCACGCACUUAUUUUUGUACCUGUCAAUAAAUACACAUGUACUUUUUACUGAUGCGUCGUGUCUUGCUUCUGCAUGAAUAACCUCAAUGCCCAUCUUUUUUAUUGUGUAGUCAAGCCACAGCUGCAGAAAGGAGCCCAAUGGAGGAAGGUAGCAAGCAGAGGGGACAGCACAACUACGGCUGAGUUAGUGUGUCAGGCGGAAGGUAUUCCACGAGUCGACUUUUCUUGGGAGAAAAAUGGUGUGCGCAUGGACUUUGCAAAUCCCAGGUCUGAGAGUAGGCCUUUUACUGUAAUGAUUCUCUUCUUUCCAUCCUUUCCACUAUUCACUUAAGUGCUACUGUCAGCAUUUGGUUGCAUAUUGAUGAAACUUAAAUAAGGUUUUAGCUUAAUAUAAUACAUCCUAUUGCUUUUUCCUGCGAUUUCACCAUUAAAUCCAGAUUUAGUGCAUUUUAUUCUCCGCUUCUCACUAUGCAAAUACCUGUUUAAUGCUUCUUUGAUGUGUGAAAUUGGGUGACUUAGUGCAAUCUGCAGGACAUCACAAUCCUCGCCGUCUCCCUGCUCAGGAUUUAUCUCUCUUUCUGUGUGUGUUUGUGUGCGUACGUGCAUGCUGCAGGUAUGAGGAGCGGACCGUGAGGGAGGGCUCUUUCCACACCAGCACAGUUCAAGUGGUGAAUGUGAGUGCAGCUCUGGACUACGCCGUCUUCAGCUGCACUGCUCACAACUCACUCGGAGAAGAUACGCUGGACAUCCAGCUCGUCAGCACAAGUACCAAGGCUACAUACAUUUGUGUUCAUUUUUGGAUAUGUAUUUGAUGAGGUUUUUUUCAUCACUCUUUGUUUAUGCCCUUAAAGUUUUAUUCAAGAGCUAGUUAAUAAUGUGUUUUUUUCUGGUUUAUCUGUGGGUCUUUUAUUGGCUCAUUUAGCGCCAGAUGUUAAAGUUUCUUAUUUUAUACAGAAAGACUCAGUCCUCAAUAUCAAAGAGGAGAUCCAUAUAGCCAAAAUGUAAGCCAGUGUUUAAACCCAAGGUUUAUUAUGAUGAUGAGAUGAACAUAGAGACUCAUUUAUGUGGUCAGGACUGAGGCUGAUGUAUAUGGACCCGCUUACCACAUGAUGUGGAAAUAUUUCGAUGUUUACGUUUGAAAAACCUUGAUUAUGGAAGAGUUGGCAUUAAGAAUAGGUAACAAGUAGUGAGUUACUCAUUUCCACAUGCUGCUCUAUGACUGGUGUUCAUGGUCUUGUCCAAUGUAAAUCAUUUAAGUGUAACAAACAUUCACAAAAAUAAAUAUUUAGAGCAUAAAGCUGUCGGGCUGGAGGAAAGGGGACUGGAGAGGUCUGCUUAGGUUCAGUUUGUUCUGGUUUGGACUGUUAUGAGGAAUUGUUUUUCUUAUAGUACUGAACUUUUUUAACCUAGACAAGUCCUUUUUAGCUAAUCUUCACUUUGAUUUAUCAUUGCGUUAUUUUACUCUCAACCAGGCGCUGAAAAUCUGCCAAAAAACCUGUGACCCAUAAAGUUGGGUCUAAACGUCUGAGACCUGAUUUCAGGCAGUUUUCAACCAGUUUUCACAUCUGCAUAUAGGGGAACACUACUUUGUUUUAAAAGUUUGAUUUGUUCAUUUUAGCAUGGAAAGGGUAACAGAAAUGAUGAUUGCCAUGGCAUCACUCCAAAAUUAUUUGGAAGCAUUUACAGAAAGGCGCCUUCUCAGUGCAAUUUAUUUUUCAUUCAGCAAUCAUAAAUAUGGCAACUUGCAGUCUCACCUUUGGCACAAGAAAGUUCGGAGACAGAGUAAAGAAAGCAGUUUUAAACAUCACCCAAAGGGUACAACAAAGGAGUACUGUAUAUAUCCCUGGUGUUUGGGAUGCUCAGCUCUGAAUACAAAGGUUGAAAGACCCCUGGAUGCCUGCAUAGUGAACUGGAAACUGAAGGCCUGUAGAGGUAUUUGUUAUGUUAUGGGAUUAACUGUUGACCAGACUUGUGGCACCAAUUUUUCACCUUUGUUGGGCUGAUUCUGAUUCUGAUUCUACAAAAGAGGUUUGGGGCCACAUGAAGAGAAAGAAUAAUAGUUACAGGAAGGAGAUGACAGUCAAAAUAUCGAGAUUAACGUCGAAAUUUUGACAUUAAAAAAUCAAAAUUAUGUCAACUAAGAAGAAAUUUCGAGAUUAAAUAUUGAAAUUUCAAGAUUACAGUCAAAUUUUUGAGAUAAUAAUAAUUAUAAUAAUUCAGUAAUAAUGUUGAUAUUUUGAGAUUAAAAAAAUUUCCAUCUAGAGAUUAAAGUUGAAAUUUCGAGAUUGAAGUUGACAUGAAUAAAGUUGAAAUUUCGACUUUUUAAAAUUUCAACUUUACUCUCCAAAUUUCAACUUUAAUCUCUAGAUGGAAAUUUAAAAAUACUCCCUUCUGAAUUAUAUUUUUCUCUUCUUGUGGCCCUAAUCCUCUUUUAUAUGAUUCCGAUAAUAAUGCGUUUUCAGAAGACAGUAGUCUUGUUAACUGGGACACCAGACACCAAAAGACACCAGGUGGCCAGUGUUGUAUAUCUCUGUUAACUGGUUGUGGGCUUGAGGUCAGUCGGUAAUUUUCCAACCAUCUCUGCCACCACAGGCUGUGCUCAAUAACUGUACAGAUAGCUGCAGGAUGGCAUUAACAGAUGGUGCCAAGAGCUACACGUCUGCAUGGAAACUGUACAUUGUUGAACCCAGUAAGAGUCUUUGCUUAGGAACGCAGUUAAAGCACACUAGAAAAGACUCCUUCUUAUAGACUGGUGUGACUUGUAUGUGGGUGACUCAUCUGAUGCGUUGUAGUAUAUUCAUAUUACAAAUGAUAGAUAGAGGUAACAUGGAAACUGUUGUGGUAAUGAUAGUGAUAAAUCCAAACAGAAGCAAAUUUCCUGUCCAUCUCAGGUCCGAACAUUUUUACUUUUAAUUAAGUCAGGAAAUGGAAAAUACUCAAUUUUGAACAAUUUUUCAAUGUCUUUUUUUAACUGUGGCCAGAGAAGUUCUUUCAAGGCCAAUCCAACAGAAAAAUGUGUAGUGUGUGGUGAUAAGGAGAUGAAAAGUUAGUCAACUAAACAAAAGCCACAAGGCCAACAUUAAUGGGUCCAUCUUUGCUAACCUUUUUAGUGUUUCUUUGCUUGAGCAAAACAUAAACUCACAGUGUAGUACAUCAGGCCUGUGAUGUUUGUUUUAGACAGCAUCUUCUACCCUCUAGUGGUAAAAAGUCACCUAAUGCAGCUUUAAAUUGGUGGCAAAUGAUCAAAGUCAGUGGUUAGGGCACACAGCAUGCAGGGAUUAUGCAUAUCACGUACUUGGCAGUGGCGCACAUAUUUUUCCUUUGGUUUAAAUUUGGCAGCAUCUCAAAAUAAUUGCGUCUGUGGUUCUUUGUCCGAGGUUUUAUCAGCCUUUUCCAGCAAUGUUACAAUAGUGAGGGAGCGCCAUUGAACAUGCAGAAACUGAAGAGAGUUGUUGUUUCUGAGUGUCGGCCCUUUAAGGAACUUCUUCCGCUUCUCUAUCUCUACCUUAUCGUUUAGCCUGUAGCACUACUUCACUUACUCCCUCAGAUAAUGCUGCAGUGAUACGCUUCGCUCUCUCCGGCAUGCUUAGACUUUUCUGCCUCGGAGUGUAUCCUUCCACCACCACCACUAUCAACACAGCCCUUCUCCCAGCAAAGGCCCACAGCCAUCAUUGAGCGCAUAUAAUGUUGACUGUAAAAACCAUAAAAUACAAUCCAACACUGGCCCUGUUUGUUCCCCAGUUGUUUUUUUAGAGCUGUGAAUAUUCAUAAUUAAUCUGACGCAGUGAUAAUAAAUUUUAUAUGCUUCCUUAUCAUUUUAGAGCCCAAGAGGAAGAGAGAGGUUUUUUUUUUUUUUCUCUCAGCAUGGUGCUUUUUGGAUUUGAAGGAGACGAGAUCCAAAUAAGACUGACCUCUUUGCCCCGGAAUCUUAUGAGUGGAGCUGAUAGUGGGAAUUAUUUACUCUGCAAACUGGGCUGCUGCCUAGAGCCAAAGACGAGAAGAGCAUCCCCUCCUCAUGUUGCUCCUCAACUAUCUCUCCUCCUCCUCUCCUUCACUAUCUCUCCCUCUGCCCCCAAAUCCACCCUUCUGCUUCUUUUUUUUUCAUGCUCCAAAUGCAAAAUAAUCCACUUUCCCUUGACUACCCCUGACUGAAAAAGUGCCUCAUGUCAGACUGAAGGCCUGGUUAGCCCGCUUUGAUCUCUGUCCACAAUAUUGAUAGUAAUCAAGAGGCUUCUUCCUUCAUUGCAUGACUUUGGUUGGAUGGAUUGGAGAAAUUGUAACAAUCAGCCGCAGCUCUUGUUCAUGUUUUCUGAUCAAACAUACAAACAACAAAGCCGAACCUCACGAAAACACUGAUAAAGACUGAUGCACUGUUAAAAAUGCAAAGCUGUUGCUGUCAAAACAAUGUUCUUUGGAGGCUUGUGGAAUAAACUGUGAAGACGGAUAAACCACCAAAAACCAAAAUGCUUUUUGCUCCCUGACAAGUUAGCACCAUGUUAAACAUUUUACGCCUUUUGUAUCAUUUAUCAUCAGCCGUUAUGAUCGUUUUCAUCAUCAGGCUGUUGUACUUUUAAAUAGGAGAUCAGGGCCUCAGUUUUAAAUUAUUAAGUUGCAGCAAGUCUAGUGAAGAACAUUUUGCUCCAAGUUCAACAGUAAAUACCCAUAUCUCAAGAGAAUAAUUGUGUUUACAAACUUAGCUGUAUGAUCAAUGGGAAGUAAGAAUAUCUUCAAUCUUUAUACCUCCUCUUCUAUUUUCAUUGAGCAGCACAUCAGCCCUGCACUUACUUUUUGUAAUAUCAUUUUAUCUAUUUAUAACCUCGGUGAGGCAGAGUAGGGAAGAAACGAUCCUAUGGGCCAGCAGGGCCUUGUGUGUUAUUUCAAAGUCUGUAGAUAUAACCACUCUACUAUCUCCUUUUCUUAUUACCUGGAGCCUUUUUCAAAUAGCCACCUAUCGAGGGAAGAUGUUCUGCUCUUCCUCAUUAUUUAUAGAUUACCAAAUGCAUAUUUGCUUUCUCAACUGCUUUUCUUUCUUUGUCUUUUCAGAUCAUCCUGAUCCUCCUUCAUUGUUUCGCCAAGUGGAUGUCACCCAUGACUCGGUCACCCUGGAGUGGAUCCCCGGCUUCAAUGGUGGUUUGCAACAACGAUUUCGUAUAAGGUAUGAGGUUAAAGGCAGGAUGCUGGUGAGAGAAUGACCCCCUUCUCAAUCAAAGACUCAGACUUGACAUGAACCUCUGGUUGGCAGAUACCUUUGGGAGAAGUCCGCCAGUUUCCUGUACGUGGACGUGUUUCCUCCCAGUGCUACCACCUUCACUGUCACUAACCUGCAGCCUGUCACCACCUAUAACUUCUCCGUCAAUGCCCUCAACGCGAUGGGAGAGGGCGGCUAUGCUGACAACAAUGCAGUACUGUCCAUCACCACCAAGGGUCAGUUUGGAGUAACCCCUACUUGACAUUUAAAUGACUCCACUCUGCAAACAUCAGAUAAUCUAGGAUGAAUUAAACAUUGUGCUCACUGUGUGAAAGUUUUCCUCCCUCUCCCUUUUUUCUCUACAGAGAGGCCAGGAGAAGAAGUAGUCCCAGCAGACGAUGACUCAGUCUCACCGAGUAAGUCUUUUUAUCUCCCACAACUCCCUGAAAAAGCUCUUAAGGGCAGUUGGAAAUUGCUGUUUGCACAGCAGCUAGCUUCAUUUGGCUAAAUCAUGUUAAUGUAUGCACCUCCAAGGCUGUUAAUGUUUGCUCUACCAGAGUAGUGGUUGUCAUGGCAGCCACCCCAUACUUUUUCCCCUCUGCUAGUCUUUAAUCAAUAAAGACAAUUGAGAGAGCAGUUGGGUUUGUCUCAGUCAGUUUUUAUCUUUCCCAAUUUCCAUAUUACUCCCUCUUUAACUUUCAUUGGUAUGCACUGAGCUAAUGUUUCUGCUGCUUUGUGAACCAGGUGAGAGAGGACUGCCAGCCUAUUUGACUGUAGUGUUCACAGUGGUGUUUGGAGUCCUGCUGGUCUUCAAUUCUUUGGGCUGUUUCUUUGGAUUGAGGUGGAAAAAGAGACAAGGACAGAGAGGUAACUGCCAAAAUAAAUCCUGUAUGUGUACCCUUUUUUUUUCAUAUGACCUCCUGACAUUUUCCAGAUAAUUUCAGGAUAUCAAGCCCUGGUAUUUUCAGGAGCUUGGCUUUUACACAUGCACCUGGCAGUGGAAGGUUUUUCCUGUCAGAUGGGCUCUCACAACUCAGAGCACUCUGUUUGGUGGACAUGAGAGGGAAGAGUGUGAGUAGUGUGUGCAAGAGGCCACAUACUGACAUCUGAGUUUAAAGUAGAGAAACUAUUCUCAACGUAAACAACAAUGCCACCCCGCCCGUUUUGUUUAUUACUUACCCAGAUUUAUUAUGUUACUUGAGGGCUGGCAAGAAAAGUCCAGAGUAGAGUAAAGCCAGGGUGGCCUGAUUGAGCAGUUCGCUGUUUCAUGUACAUGUAACCCAUCCAAACAAAGUCAGGAAAUGCAGUGCAUAUGUGAAAGGAUUUCCCCCAUCACUUCAUGUCUUUAUAAUGUUUUGAUUCUUGAACCCAACCUUUGACAAAAAAAAAACUCUGAACCAUGAUGCAAUUGUCGGCUCAGACUACUGCCCUCUUCUCAUCUCUCCAUGUCCCUCCGUCUAUCCCGUCUCCUCUCUCUCUAAGCCUGUAACUCCCGCCACAUUCAUCUGUCAAAACUGUCACUUGUCUGUUUCAUCUAUGUCUUUUAUCUCAUUUGCUGGCUUUAUGUCCUUCUUCUAUCUCUCCUCCUGUCUCUUUCUAUUUAUCCCUCUGUAUGACUGUCAGGUUCUCCUGUGUGUCUGUCUUUUUAUAUUUUCAUUUUUCAGGGUUUUUUACAUAGAUUUCCACAGAUUUCAUUCAGUCUGUCUGGCCCCUUUCCUGCUCUGAUCAAUUUUAGCCCUUAUGAGAUGAUGCUCCUCAGUUCUAAUUUCCUAAGCCUCUUUCCUCCUGUUUCUGUGUCCCCCCUGCAGGGGGUGGAGGAGGCAGCAUGUUAGAGGAGAAAAAGAAUGAAGAGAGGGGGUAAGUUAAGGCCCUGCAGUCCAAGUAAUAAAGGAACACACAUCCAAUCCACUCUAAGAAGUCUGAGGCCUGAUCCAUUGGCUGACCCAGCAACUGAAACAGCCAGGCAGGCAAAAAAGAGCCUCAGUCAAUAUCCAUUUAUAUUAGUGUCAUCAAACUUACACUGGAUCCUUGAAUAAACCACACAAUACAUUUUGUAGAACAUUUUAUUUUUUUUGCAGGAAAAAAGCCUCUGGACUGAGACUUGACAGCCCUUUUUGUUGCUCAUGAGGAUUUUUAACUUAAAAUGCCAAGUUAAAAAUAAGAAAAAAAUACUGGCUUGCUUCCUAGAUGAAUAACUAAAGCUAAGAAACUGGGUCUGAAUUGCUGAGUAUGUCUUUAAAGGCAAGUUAGUUGCAGAACAAUCUUCCUCGGGGUUAAUAUUUUUUAACCUUUUUUAACACAACUCGGUUAGCUUUGUUGGAUUUACUCAACUUUAAAAACAUGACUUCUCUGAGUUUUUCUAGGGAUCUAAUGACCAAAAAAAUCUAAAGAGGAUAAUAGAACACAAUUUUUCGAUACAGGUCCUCUCAGUCAACUGAAAGCAACUCCAAUAAGUACGAGAGCAGAGAGAAGAUCAACGCUGGAGCCCAGAGAACCCUCCUCAUCGACUCUGGGUCCGAAACAGAGAGCAACGUCUACGAAAGCUGCGGGGCGGUGAGUACUAGAGAGUAGAGGGAGAAGGGAUGAGAGGAGAAAAAGUGGCUUUUUAGAGAAUCUCCACAGAUGCAGGAAAGGGAGACUGAACAAGAUAGAGAGAGGGAGGAGGGGAAUAAAGGGCUGAAGGGAUUUGGCAGGAGAGGAAGGGGAGAAUGCAGCCAUAACAUGGAAAAUGGAUAGAUAGAUAUACUAAUGAAACCUUUAGCUGUGCAUAGAGAUGGAACAUGGAUCAAUACCUCACUAUUAGCAUUCAAAAUACACAUCGAUCCCAGAGAAAUUAUCAUUUUGUACUUAAAACGGGCCAACGAGUUCGUGAACCUUAAAGAAAGUUGUUGAGUGAGGCAGAAGAAAACAGACAGUACUGCACAGCGAGGAUGGGGUAUAAUGAAAAUCUCAAAUCCCUACAGAGACAGGCAUGUUCUCCCUCUUGAUUUAAAACAACUCAUACCUGGAAGAAUUGGUUCAGCCGAGUUACUUCAAAAAUAUCUGUCUCAUUUACCUGUUGUGGUGUCUUGCCUUGGGUGUAGAUAUUUUGGGUUUAAUUGCCCCUAAUAUCUGCCCCUGAGAUUUCUGCCUACGACUCAAACAUCAUGUAGGUGGUGGUGAAAAUAGCAACAUGUCCUGUUACUAAGAAUAUUGCACAGACUUGACUUUAAACAGGAGGUAACAUUUUUUCUUUUUUCUUUAAGUGACGCAAGAAAGUCUGUGUUGGAAAUCUACCUCUGAACUCUUUGAAAUGAAAACACAAAGGAAGAAGAAAGUGAACUUACGCAUGACUAUUGCUUUUACGCUGAUUCAGGGGUUUAGGCUACAGCCUCAUGGUGGGGCUGAAGGUGCUCGAUACCAGAUCAGACUGAUUAUCAAAUAUUGGGUUUUACUUUUCAUGUGGAUUUGCAUUGUUUCUUUGGUGCCUAUCUCUAAUACACAUUAUAAAUAUAUGUAUGAUGCGUUAUUAUCACGUUAUAAUACUGUAUAACUAUAGUUAUAAACACUCAUAAAUGAUCAUAAUGCUUUAUAGAAAUAAUCAUAAGACAUUAUAAAGCAUUUUAUCAUGACUUACAAGGUCAGGUAUUAUAAUGUGUUAUAACUGUUAACAACUCACUGACAAUGCCCACAUAGAUAAUGCAUUAUACAUAUAUUUAUGAUGUGUUAUAUUUGCUUAUAAACUUGUAUAACUAUUAUUAUAAACACUUAUUAAUUAUCAUAAGGCUUUAUAACAAUAAGCAUAACACAUUAUAAUACCUGACCUUAUAAGUCAUGAUAAAAUGCUUUAUAAUGUGUUAUGAUUAUUGCUAUAAAGCAUUAUGAUCAUUUAUGAGUAUUUAUAACUAUAGCUUUACGGUGUUAUACCAUGAUUAUAACACAUAAUACGUAUAUUUAUAAUGUGUUGUAGAGAUAGGCGUCAAGUAGUGUGUUACCGUAUUUGUUUUUUUUCAUGUAUACACAUUUUUAACUUAAAGAUAUUGAAAAGUUAUAGAAUUUAUUUGCAUGUACACUCACCGGCCACUUUAUUAGGUACACCAUGCUAGUAACGGGUUGGACCCCCUUUUGCCUUCAGAACUGCCUCAAUUCUUCGUGGCAUAGAUUCAACAAGGUGCUGGAAGCAUUCCUCAGAGAGCUUGGUCCAUAUUGACAUGAUGGCAUCACACAGUUGCCGCAGAUUUGUCGGCUGCACAUCCAUGAUGUGAAUCUUCCGUUCCACCACAUCCCAAAGAUGCUCUAUUGGAUUGAGAUCUGGUGACUGUGGAGGCCAUUUGAGUACAGUGAACUCAUUGUCAUGUUCAAGAAACCAGUCUGAGAUGAUUCCAGCUUUAUGACAUGGCGCAUUAUCCUGCUGAAAGUAGCCAUCAGAAGUUGGGUACAUUGUGGUCAUAAAGGGAUGGACAUGGUCAGCAACAAUACUCAGGUAGGCUGUGGCGUUGCAACGAUGCUCAAUUGGUACCAAGGGGCCCAAAGAGUGCCAAGAAAAUAUUCCCCACACCAUGACACCACCACCACCAGCCUGAACCGUUGAUACAAGGCAGGAUGGAUCCAUGCUUUCAUGUUGUUGACGCCAAAUUCUGACCCUACCAUCCGAAUGUCGCAGCAGAAAUCGAGACUCAUCAGACCAGGCAACGUUUUUCCAAUCUUCUAUUGUCCAAUUUCGAUGAGCUUGUGCAAAUUGUAGCCUCAGUUUCCUGUUCUUAGCUGAAAGGAGUGGCACCCGGCGUGGUCUUCUGCUGCUGUAGCCCAUCUGCCUCAAAGUUCGACGUACUGUGCGUUCAGAGAUGCUCUUCUGCCUACCUUGGUUGUAACGGGUGGUUAUUUGAGUCACUGUUGCCUUUCUAUCAGCUCGAACCAGUCUGGCCAUUAUUCUCUGACCUCUGGCAUCAACAAGGCAUUUCCGCCCACAGAACUGCCGCUCACUGGAUAUUUUUUCUUUUUCUGACCAUUCUCUGUAAACCCUAGAGAUGGUUGUGCGUGAAAAUCCCAGUAGAUCAGCAGUUUCUGAAAUACUCAGACCAGCCCUUCUGGCACCAACAACCAUGCCACGUUCAAAGUCACUCAAAUCACCUUUCUUCCCCAUACUGAUGCUCGGUUUGAACUGCAGGAGAUUGUCUUGACCAUGUCUACAUGCCUAAAUGCACUAAGUUGCCGCCAUGUGAUUGGCUGAUAAGAAAUUAAGUGUUAACGAGCAGUUGGACAGGUGUACCUAAUAAAGUGGCCGGUGAGUGUAUGUGUGUGAACCCUUCUCUGUGUUUUUUCUAAUGUACUACACUAACCUCCAGAAUUUUGUUGCUUUUUCAUUACUUCUUAAUCGUUUGCUUUGUUCUUCUAUUUCAUUUUGUAUGUCUUAUUUUAUUCAAAUAACUACCCUUAAAAAUGGGUUUUCACAUGUUUGUACCAACAUUUGGAGUGAAAUCUGAAGUCUUGACUCUUGUAGAUGUAAUAGGGCCCUAAAAUAACUCUAUUUUUUACUGUCAAGCUGUCAGGGUCCAUAGUACUUUUGAGGAUUGUCGCUCUCGAGGUUUGACCUCGCCUUCGAGGAAUUACCUGCUCUGAUGUAACACAUGUGGUUUAGUCAUUGACUGGAGGAUGAUCUGAUCCAAUCUCUUGUGUUUCAUGAAUUUCAGGAAAGUGCCCAUUAUUAUUACUACCCCACCAGUGACUACAUUCCGCCUCUCAGUCCACACCUGGAGGAAACACGCAGGCUCGGUGAGACGCAAAUAUACCUCAGAGUAAACAAGGCAACAAUAAACAAGCUCACAUCCAAAAGCAUGAUGCAGCCUGAGCCAAUCAGGAGCUGCUAUUCUUAUCCUUGUUUGAACAUGUGGCAAACAACUUGGGGCAAAUGUUAUACUGUCUAUGUACAAAGUUUACAAAGUACUUUGACAGACAAAGCAAACACAUGAAAUAACAAAAGAAACCCCAUCAGCAGGGUUAACAAAGGAGAGGCAGGAAGGGGGGAUAGAUGGGAUAAAGUUGAAGCAUGUAGAUAAUUAUGUGAUCAGUCUCAGUUAGUCGACACUUUAUGAAUGUAUGACUCUGUCUCCACAUGCUCUCCAAGACGUCAUCCACCUUGACUCUCAAAGUCAUAUAUAUGAAGAGGUGAGAGACGGGGGUCUGUACCAGGAAGUCCGGGCUUCCUCUCUUCCUUCCCCGGCGACCUUAUUUGACCAAAGUUCAUUCAAUCAAAAGAAGGGGCGAAGACCCCCAACCCACUCUCAGGUUAGUAACCAAACAGCCUGUGAUGAAAUCUGCCAUUUUAGCCAUAAUUUAUACACGUCAGUAUCAAACCAACAUUACUUAUAUUCUGAUCAAUUAGACACUGAAACUUAUGGAAGCCCCAAGAGCACAUACAUUCAUAGAUUUAAAUUUCAGUGAAUUUCAGUUGGCUUAUUUCAACAACAGGCUUGUCUCGGUGAUAUACCAGACUAAACAUGCCAUCUAGCCGCUGCCUAAACUAAUGAGGAAAGUGAAGCUCAUGUCUGUUUAUUUUGUGCUUUUGCAACUCUGGGGACACAAGUUAUGAUCCAGAUCUCAAUUCAGCAUCAGAUGAUGAUAACUUGUAACCACAAUGUUACAAAAGCACAUAACAAACAUAAAGUGUAUGGAUGUUUGGCCGCUAAGGGCUCCCAUAAAAGAUAAAUGACUUUUUAAGAUGUUAUUCCAUCGUUUUAUUGUGUAUGACGAUGUACUCUGUCUCUCAGCAGGGUACUGAAAGAGCGAGGGACUUGGUGGAUGUUCAGCAGCUGCGGAGAGACUCUGAUCUUCCUUUUGAACUACAAGGCGAGCUAGUUUAG